UAGCAAUUUCCCCGCCUUGACUCUUACUAAAAGCCUUUUAGGUUUCAUGAAACGCGAAAUACGGAAUCCCAGUACAUCUCUCCUCCCAAGCGCCUCAACAACUGUGGAAGUGUGAUAAAUAAGACGAGAGAUCCAGUGAAAAACCUUGUUUUGAUUAGCAAUGGAGAUUCCAGCAGAGUAUGGUUACUGUAUACUUGUUGCAGUUUUAUCAAUAUUUGUGGUUGCAUGGAAGUCAAUACAGGUAGGGAAAGCCCGCAAAAAGUACAAUGUACCAUAUCCAAAAAUGUACUCAGAUGACAAUAUUUUCAACUGCAUCCAACGAGCACACCAAAACACACUUGAAAACUACUCAUUAUUCCAAGUACUUCUGCUGAUUGGAGGCCUUUACCACCCUGUUGUCUGUGCUGUUUGUGGAGUUGUCUUUUGUGCUGCUCGUGUGUCUUAUGCUCUUGGCUAUUAUACAGGCGAUCCUCAGAAAAGAAUGAAUGGAGGCUACGGGAACUUUGCCUUGCUGGCUCUCCUCUACUCGACACUUAGAUUUGCUACAGCACAGUUAGGCUGGUUCUAAGACUACAGAUGAGAUUCAGGAUUACUUUACAAUUAUGACGUGCAGGAGUGUACUGAAGAGUACUGUGGGAAGUGCUGUAACAGCCUAACGCUCAUUCUCUUGGCAGUUUCUUCCCUAUAAGACAAAUAAGGGGAAAGAAUAUAGCUUUGUUUGUCAAUUAGAGGCCUACAACUUUGUUUAAAAUUUAGAGGCCUAUAACUCUUCAUUUGAUGAUAUACAGAUGUAUGAAAUAGC